AAAAAGACAGACAGAGAGAGAGGCAGACAGACACAGAGAGAGAGACAGGAGAGGCAGAGAGACAGACAGAGAGAGAUGCAGACAGACACAGAGAGAGAGAACGAGAGAGAGACACAGAGAGAG